AUGAGGCCAUUUCUCCCAUUGCUCUCGCUGAGCGCAGUCGCUCAGGCGCUGUACUUCUACAUUGACGGCACCUCGCCCAAGUGCUUCUUCGAGGAGCUCCCCAAGGACACGCUCGUCGUUGGCCACUACACUGCCGAGGAGUGGGAUGACCGGAUCAAUCAGUGGGCCAAGCACGAUGGUCUCAGCAUCUACAUUUCCGUUGAUGAAACCUUCGACAACGACCACCGUGUGGUUUCUCAGCGCGGCCAGGCAUCAGGUCGUUUCACCUUCACGGCUGCCGACGCCGGCGACCACAUGCUCUGCUUCACCCCUUCUUCCACCUCUGGCCGCGCCGGCUGGCUCUCGCUCCACUCCCACAACGGUGGUAUCCGUCUGACACUUGACCUCGCUAUCGGCGAGAGCACCGAGAUCGAGAGCUCCGACAAGAGCAAGCUCGAGGAUAUCGCGACCCGCGUCAAGGACCUCAACGCUCGUCUGCAGGAUAUUCGCAGGGAGCAAGUCUUCCAGCGUGAACGCGAAGCCGAGUUCAGAGACCAGUCCGAAUCCACCAACGCCCGUGUCAUCAGAUGGAUGCUUAUCCAGCUCACCGUUCUCGCUGUUACCUGCACCUGGCAAUUGUCUCACCUGCGGUCAUUCUUCAUCAAGCAGAAGCUCACAUAA